AAUAGCUGUCGUGAAAUAUGAUGUCAGACAUGCAUUGACUCUAUUAGAUCUUUUAGUAAAGAGAAGUGAAGAGGAAAAAAGGAUACAUAAUCCACAAUGUAAUUUUGAAGAAAUGGAGAAAUUAUUUCCUUUGAAAACAACAGCUCAACUGCUGGAGGUUGAAAAAAUGCUGAAAGAAAACUUCCAAGAUGCUAGUGCAAUAUGCGCAUAUGUGAAGUUUAUAGGUGGGAGCAACGUCGAUGAUGCUGUGAAGAGGACUCUGUGCAAGAUAUUCUCAAACGAAUUGGCGGAAAAGUAUAAUUGGGAAGGCCGAUGUGGGAAAGAGCCAUUGCAAAAUCUGCGAAUUAUGAGAGUGAUUUUCAAAUUUGUUCUUCAAAAUGUGACUGACUCCGAUCAAGGAAGAAUCCAUCGGAGAAUUAUGGAAUGGUUCAGACAUUCAAAGGAAAGAUACAAAAAUGAGGGGAAACGAUGCGCACGUGGACAUAGAGAGGCAAACAUGAAUACAAACACCUAAGUAUACGAAGCGUG